AAGAGUGGAGAGAAAGAGUGGAGAAAGGCAAAAAGGAGAGAAGUUGAUCUGUAAUCCAGAUGUUGGGAAUGCUGGGAGGGAUAAGUGGACCAAAGAUUGAGUCCCACCUAGCUUACACACAAAUACAUUCACACACUCCUCUCUUCCCUUACUCCUUACAGAGACUGACAAGCUGUAUUGCAGAGGGAAACAAAAGAAACACUUCGACACUCACUGGAUUAUUUCACUGCUUGUUCAUUUCAAAGUAUUUGGACUUGACAAAUUCUGAAUAUUGACAGCUGUCAUUUCUUGGAGUAAUUUUCAGGUGAAUAUUCUGGCACUGGAGAGGUUCUGAAGUUGUCAUCAGUUUUACUCUCCAAAGAUCUCUUUUUUCAAGGAUAAUUGAGCUCUUCAGUAGUGGUGAUGGCGUGAGAAAGGCCCAUCAUGGCUGUUGAGGGUGUCCUGGUUUCAAAGCUUAGGGCAGCCUGGCUCCUACUGCUCCUCUCCCCCCUCUCCCUGCUCUCCUUGUUGGUCUCCACACAGGCCCAGGCCCAGGCCCAGGCCCAGGCCCUGCCCUCCUGCCCCAAGAGAUGCAGCUGCCCCGGCCAAAAGGAGGUCCAUUGCACCUUCCGCCACCUCACCUCCCCACCACGCAACUUGCCGAAGGACACCGAGAGAGUGAACUUGGGCUAUAACAGCUUGCAGGCGCUGGAGGGGUCAGAGUUCACACACCUUCGCCAGCUGGAGAUGCUCAUGCUCCAUGGCAACGACAUCACGACUGUGUCGCAAGGAGCAUUUUACAGUCUUCGGUCGUUGCAGAUUCUGAAACUAAGCUACAACAAGCUGAAGACAGUCACCCCAGGCAUGCUUGAGGGCCUGGUCAGCCUCAUCCGUCUUCACCUGGACCACAACAUCAUCAACUUCAUCGAACCCUACUCCUUCACCGGCCUCACCUCCCUGAAGCUACUUCAGCUGGAGGGCAACCAGUUGGCAGACCUCCACCCUCACACCUUUGUGACGCUCUCAAUACUGGGCACCUUCUGGGGUUCUGGCCUGCGACACCUCCACCUGUCAGACAAUCAUCUGCAGUAUCUCCAGGCUGCAGUGUUGCAGCCUCUGACCAGGCUGGAGAUGCUUACCCUACAUGGAAACCCCUGGACUUGUGACUGCCAGCUGCACUGGCUUCUAGAGUGGAACUCCAAACAUGAGGGUGUUAUCAAGUGUAAAAAGGAACGUGAGUCGGGCUCCAACGAGAUAUGUGCUGCCUGCUCCUCUCCUCACCCCCUCAAAGGCACCCAGAUCCUGGGUUUGGCUACCGAGAAACUCCCCUGCAUGCGGCCCUCCAUCGAGUCCCCCCUCAAGCAGUGGGACAGUCCUGGGUGGAACGAGGACGACUCAGAGCCUGACCUUCCCUACACCCGUGACCUGGAACAACCCCUGGGUGCGCUGAACGUCGUCCUGUCCGACAGCCACGGGAACACGGCCCACGUCCAGUGUGACGUCCAGCGUCCCAGCGAGAGCAGUUCGUUGUCGUGGGAACCCCUCCGCUCGCCCGGGGAGGUGUCCGUCAACGUGACUCUCGUGAGCGUUCUCGAGUGUGAGAUCGACAGGGACGCGUUGCAGAACUUGUGGAGGCUGGUGGCCUACUACUACGAGAGCCCUGCCAUUCUAGAACGAGGCCCACAAAGGGAAGACACCAACCAAACCACAUUUAAGUACUCUCAGGCAGUGAACGAGGACUCACCCUACUUCACUGACCUGAAGGGACAUCUCAUGGCCAAACCUGCCUGGCUCCUUCAGCCUAGAGUCACGCUCCAGCUUAACAGACGACAGACCACAACUAAGAAACUAGUGCUAGACUUCACUACUGUCAUCUUCAAACAUGUCGGAGGUCGAGGGCAACAGGAAGAGGAAGAUGGUGUAGACGACAUCACUUCCUCCUGGGCACUGAUACAGCGAGGGAGUGAAGGGCGGAUCCAGACCAUCCUGGAGGGCUCAGAGGUUAAUCUGGAGUGUGAUGUCAUUAGCUCUGUGUCGUCACCGACGGUGCAAUGGAUGCUACCCGACCUCUCAAUCUUGGAGGCUUCCAAUGCAGUCAUGGCCGUGUCGGAGAGAGGAGGGCUCGUGAUCGGCAAUGCCAGCGUGUCGGACGCCGGUUUGUACCACUGUCUGGUGCGCUCUCAGGUGGGGGUGGAUGUAGUGCCCGUCAGGCUGACCGUCAAGGAGCGACUCCUUAGCCCCAAUGCUCUCAACGGCAAGAAGAUGACUGUGAAGAGCGGAGAGUCCCUCUCCCUGCCCUGCUCCGUGACCUCCACCCUGCCCAGCCUCACCAACUGGUACCUGCCCAACCACCACGCCUUGCUGCCCUCCCAGCAGGCUGGGAAGGUGUCAGUGACCCUCAACGGCACCCUCCUGAUCAGAAAGGUGGGUCACGAAGACGCAGGGGAAUACAGCUGUGUGGCCUCUAACUUGUAUGGGGUGGACAUGCUCUCUCACCUGUUGGUUGUCAUGGAGGACAGAGAGGAAGAAAAGACAGGUGCUGUGGACACAGAGAGAGGAAAAGUCCUCCUGUUGGUAGAAGAGGAGGAGGAGGAUAGAGAGGGGUCAGGGUUCCAGGAAAUCAUGCGCCAUUACACCACGCAGUCUCCCAAAAGGUUGGGCGGUGGACAGCAGAGGAAUGCCGGAGGCGGUCUACGACCUGGAAUGAAAGGGAAAAGAGUAAAGGAUACUAAGAGGAAACCAAAUAAAUCUGUGAAGGAGCUAGACCCAAACCGCUGGGCUGAGAUUCUUGCUAAAGCUAAUGCCAAAGCUCCAACGGCACAGUCGACAGCACCCCCACUGACUGUGCCCUCGACCAAAACAACAACUAGGAUGACAACUGAAACCACUGUUACUACUCCUACAACUACUGCUCAUCCUACAACUACUGCUCCUCCUACAACUACUGCUGCUCCUACAACUACUGUUGCUACUACAAAUACUGCUGCUACUACAACUAGCCCUCCACCAGAAACAACCCCUGAAAAUGACACUGUGGAAACUGUUGAUACAACCGGUAAACCUCCUACUAAAAGGAAAAGUAAAGUAGUAACUGUCACUCAAACUCCACCAAUCACACGGACCAAGGACAAGCACGUGGGAGAGGGGAGAAUAGGCCCAAAAAUGCCUCCUGGGUGGACAAACAGACGCAGGCCCCCUUACAGACGUGGGAGACCACCACUGAGACCCGUCCAUCCUUUAAAACCCUCAUCAAACAAGCCCCAGAGGAUCCUCCCGCAAGCUUCAACUGUAUCCACAGCAACAACGACAACAGAAGCGACGUCAAAGGAGGACAACCAGAAUCCAGAUGAAUCAGGCCAUUUCAAAAGAGUGGACAGUAAUAAAAAGCCUUUAUCAACGUUAUCAAUUUACAAUGAUAAAGAGGAGGGUAGUGAUGACAGCGAACCCCUCGGGGCAACUGGUAAACCCGAUAUCAUUCACGUAAAAUCUACAGUGGGUAAGGAAAGUGUCAUCUCUACUUGGCAACAUGUUUCCAGACCAAACAUUAUCCCCACACCAGAACCUCAUAUCAGACCAGAACCAACCACCAAGGUGUACAUAGUCGAACAAGGCCGAGAUAGCUCCAUUGAGGAGGAGGUUGUCAAACAGACAGACAACAGAAAGCAAAUAAUACCACAGUUAGCCACAACAACGCCAACCCCUACUCUCAAUUAUGAAAUGAACUUCAAGCCCCCACCUUUACAUCAUACUGUUACAAUGGCAACAUCUGUCUUGAGAAACCUUGAUGUGUCAGACAGCAAGACAGCAGAGAAUCCAGAAACGUAUGUGAUGAACAAACAUGAGUCCCACUUCCCAUCAAGACACAAGGAGGAUGACACACCUCCGAAGACGUCCAUAACGCAUGAUAAUCCUUCCAGGCAAGAUUUACAGAGACACUUCCACACCAACAGAGACAGAAAAAAAGAGGUGGAAGAGAACUUUAAACCGAUUACAGAGAGUCCUAGGUACCACAAGCCCCUUCCAGUCCACCCCUGGAUGCACCAGCACAACCAGAGGAGGGGCCAGACACUGCCUUCUCCACGCUCCCCCUAUCACACACCACAAAGGCCAUCCUUUCACUACCCUGGGGGGUCACGGGUUCAGGAAGGCCCGCUUGCUGUCGUCACACACCGACCCCGGCCCAUUCCCCAUCUGUGGGGUCAGGGGUCAUGGGUGACCAAUCGACCGGAAAUCACCGCUGAGACUGUCAAGCCCACGGCUUUUAUCUCUGGUUCCUCGGGUCACCUCGCCGCACCACAGGGCCCCCUGACCCCCCAGACCCCCCUCAUCAGUCAAACCCGAGACCUCCUCCUGCUCUCAAAGCUCAGGAACAGAUACAGGCAAGCUCAGCUCGACCGCAUCGCCCAACUGGGAAAGCGAGUCACACCCAGGCCCAGGGUGGUCCACCCUACCCCUCGUCCUAAGCUGCCAGUUAUAACCUCCCCCACCCACCUCUCUUGGCUUGUCCCUGCCACCACAUCUCCCCCCCUCCCCAGGCUGCACCCUACGGCCAGCAUCCUGCACGGCAGUCACUGGUACCACGGCCGCUGGAGCCCUCCUCAGAAGCAGGGAAGCGAGCUGCCGUUCCCAGGCCUGAUGGGGAACGGGGGGAAACCCCGGAUCACCACGGUGAACACCGUCAGUGUGUCUGCUCUGGCCGAAAGUGACGUGUUCCUGUCCUGCGAGGUGUCUGGUGACCCCGCUCUGGCCCUAUCCUGGACCAAGGUCUCCACAGGUGCCACCAUCCCAGCAAACACCAAACACGGACCUAGGUUUGAGGUCCUCAAGAAUGGGACUUUUGUCAUUAAAACUGUCCAGCUUCAGGACAGGGGCCAGUACCUCUGCACAGCACAGAACAGAUUUGGGUCAGACCGGAUGGUUGUCACUUUGGCUGUAUUGACCCAACCUCCCAGGAUCCUCACCCCCCCCUUCACAGAGGUGUCUGUCUACCUUGGAAAGUCAAUAAGUCUGGACUGCCUUGCCUCAGGAAAACCCCCCGCUCAGAUCUCUUGGAUCCUUCCCGAUAGGACAUUUGUGCGAGAUGUGGGCGUAAAUAUGAACCGGAUGGGGGCUUUGCUCCUCCCUAAUGGAACCCUAAGGAUCCAAUCAGCUGAGUUUUCCAAUAAAGGAGACUACAAGUGCAUUGCCAGCAACGCUGCUGGAGCAGACACAGUAACCUAUCACGUCCACGUAGCUGCCCUUCCCCCCACCAUCACAGAGGGGGGGUCCGAGAGCAUUACCAUACAGCCGGGGAAGAGCGUGUUUGUGCAUUGCUCUGCAAAAGGAGAGCCCAUGCCUGCAUUGAAAUGGACUGUUGCCACUGGGGUGCACGUUAAGCCUUCCCAGUUUCUCGGCCGCCGGCUCUUUGUCUUCCCCAAUGGAACACUUUACAUCCGGAACAUCUUGCCGAUUGAUGCCGGGAAGUACGAGUGUUCCGCAACCAAUGCUGUGGGCGUGGCUAAGAGAACUUUAAAUCUGGAAGUGAGACAGUACCAGCCCGACCCGAGGCAGCCGCCCCUCUCUCCUUCCCCCUCACUAUGGCACGUGGUCUCACGCCCCACCCAGCAGCACAAGGUCACAGCCAUGUACGGGUCCACUGUCUACCUCCACUGCCCUGAGUCUACGAGCUCUCCCAGAGGCACAGUCUGGCAACUGCCAUCGAAAACAAUAUUGGAACAUCGUUACAGUCCUGAGAGACCUUUGAGGGCUUUUCCCAACGGAACCCUCCGGAUCCUGCAGCUGACAGAGCUGGACGGCGGCAGCUACCUGUGCAUGUUCCAGCGGCCCAACGGAGAUGACAUGGAGCUCUUCCAGGUGGAGGUGCUGAUGACUCCGCCCAGGAUCGAGCACCUGGGUGCUGCCCAGAAGAAGGUCACCUACGGGGAGAACUUCCAGGUCGAUUGCGUAGCCUCCGGCCUCCCCGACCCAGAGGUGACCUGGAGCCUGCCAGACGGAACCAUGAUCAACAACGCCCUCCAGUCAGACGACAGUGGCACGCGCUUACGCCGCUACGUCAUCUUCGGCAACGGGACGCUGCUCCUUCAGCAGAUGGGGAAAAAGGACGAAGGGGACUACACCUGCUAUGCAAAGAACCAGCUGGGAGAGGACGAGAGAAAGGUUAGCGUCAAGGUCGGUCCAGAGGCCCCAAGGAUCACCAGGGCCCAGUCUUCAGUCACCGCCAGACUGGGAGAGUCUGCCUCUCUGGCCUGCCCAGCAACUGGGGAGCCUCCUCCGAGCAUCGUAUGGCUCGCCCCAAACAAUGAAGUCAUAUCCCCCUACACCAGCACGUACCUGAUACUGCCUGACGGGACCCUGGUGAUUAAAAAAGUGACCACAGCCAACCAAGGGAAGUACACGUGCGUGGCACGGAAUUCGGUUGGAGAAGAUGUGAAGAACGUGAAGCUGGAGGUAGAGGCAAGAGCGCCAUAUAUCAACGAACAAGGUGGGAGGAGCAGUGUGAAAAUUCUGGCUGUUUCUUACCAGACGACCCUACUGGACUGUAAAGCCACUGGCAAACCAGAGCCCCAUCUCACAUGGGCCACACCCUAUGGCCUUUCCCUGCCCACCCCUUACGUGGGUGGACGCUUCCAGGUUCACAAAAAUGGCAGUCUGGAGUUGAGAGGACUGAGAAAGAGUGAUGAAGGGCGUUACAUCUGUCUAGCCAAGAACCAAUUUGGCGAGGCGAGCCUAUCUGUCGACCUGGAGGUGGCAUCGUUAGCCGAGAAGCCGAGCUUCCCAAUGCCCAACAUUGAGAUCUUGCCCAUCAAACAAGAUGGAGGUGCUGUGGUGCUGGAGUGCCCGGCCCGCGGUAAACCAAACCCAGAGUUUGUUUGGAUCCUACCCAAUGGCACAGCAAUGUCGCCUGGUGCCCAAUUCCAACGUUUCACCCAUUACCUGGGAAACGGGACUCUGCAUAUCUCCCGGCCAGUGGCAACCGACAAAGGUGUCUACCGUUGCCUGGCUAAAAACGUGGCUGGACUUGCAGAGAAGCGUUACGCCCUAGAGGCAGGGAGGAAGCCAAUCAUCCGUGGCACAACAGGGGGUAUGAAGAUUACUUACGGCCACAGUCUGAACCUGCCUUGCACUGUGGAUGCUUGGCCGCAGGCCGCCAUUACAUGGACCCUCCCAAAUGGCUUGGUGCUUGAUAAGACCCAGUCGAUUGGAAGAGUGAUGUUUCUGGCCAAUGGUACGCUCCUGCUCAGAGAGAUUGCCUCCUUUGACAGAGGGACUUAUGUCUGCAAAGCCACAAACACAUUUGGCUCGUCCACAUUGUCUUACCCUGUCGCAGUGAUGGUGUAUCCCCCACGAAUAACUAGUGCACCUGCUUCCAUCACUAGAGUGAACAGGGGAACGCCAGUGACUUUGAGCUGUGUGGCAGCGGGCAUACCCAAACCCGAUAUUACCUGGACUCUGCCUGGGCGUACCACCCUGGUGCCCAACAACCGCUUUACUGCCCAAGGAGGCAUCCACAUGGCAGAAGACGGUAGCCUGGUCCUCCAGGAUCCAGGACUUAUGAACUCAGGGAUUUACAAAUGCAAUGCAAAAAAUGCGCUGGGAACUGACUUCAAAGCCACAUAUGUGCAAGUGAUCUGAGUUAGUGGUAUUAAACAGUGAACAAUACCUUUAAGCAAUCUCCAAGAAUUAUAUCUCAAUGUAAUUCGAAUUCUGGAGAGCAAUGUAGGUCCACAUUGCAUUGCAUAACCAUGACAUUCGUGUCCAUGUUAGAGGCAGGAAAGAUUUUGACACGAACAUCACAGAAGGUGUGAAAAGAAACUUCAGCUAUGAUUAUUCACAAACAUAUCAACUCUCUGAACCCACAUAAAGUGGUUCCAAUGAACGUUUAGUGUGCUUUCAGAUAUCUUAUUGUCUUUUUAUUUAUAAAGUUUGUAAAUAAAUAACUAUAUACUGUUUUAAACUUUAUGGAGCCAGUUUCCUUAACACUGAUUAUGCAGAGUACACUCCCUUUUCAGUGGCGACUGAAUUGACAAUGGACAGUAGACUUGGUUUUCUCUGAGUAUAACCAUACAUCUGUGUUUUUUACAUUUAUUCUGCUCAUCUUACAGGUGCUUAGUGUCCCUUCACAUUAGUCACGCAAUAAAU